CAAUUCAACAUGAAUAACUCUUUCUAUUUUAUGGUUUCCUUGUGUUCAACAUUAGUGUUAUCUAAUUCAUUAUUUGAACAUGAAAAAAUAAGAAAUCACCUUAAGAAACAUUCGAUCCCAGAAGAAAAUCAUCACAACGCUUCGUUUAACAAUCAUGAUAAACGAAUAAGAAGUGGAGAGACCAUCGAUAUUACUCAAGCAAAAUACUAUGUUUAUAUGAAAUGCAGUGGAACUCAAUGUGGAGGUACUUUGGUAAGAAGAAAUAAAGUUAUAACUGCGGCUCACUGCGUGAUGGACUGCCACGUUAAUGAUUUUACAAUUGCUGUUGGGUUAAAUUCAAUUUAUGAAUAUAAUUCAGCAAGAAAAUAUAGAGCUAGCUCUAUUGUGAUGCAUCCUAACUACAACAGACAAGCUAAAUUUCCAUACGAUAUUGCUGUUGUUACGUUGACUCAAGAUGUUGAAUUAAACAACAGAGUUGAUUUGAUUAAUUACGCAACUUCCCUUCCACCUGUAGGAAAUUUCGUAACCGUUGUUGGUUACGGGAUGAUUGACGGAUUGAAGGAAGGCCCAACAUCAAUAAAAUUACAAAGAGCUAACUUGAAAGUUAUCUAUUAUAAACAAACUUGCUUUUAUACAGAAGUAGUAGGCCCAAGAGGGCCUACCAUUCUACCAGGUGAUUCAGGCGGUCCUGCGGUUUACAACGGUUUAUUAACCGGUGUAGUGUCGGGGUAUUUUUGGACAAAUCAAAACAUCAUUUAUCAGAAUGCUUUUGCUGGAAUCGGUGAUCCACAAAUAUUAAACUUUAUACGCAGAUAUGCGCCAUAAUUUUCACAUAUCAAUAUAUUUGUUAUUAAUCUUUAUUAAUAUCUUUAAUAGAAAUAAAGUGUGAUAUAUAACAAA